AAAAACUAUUGAUGAUUUAUUAACAAGCGCUGAUUUUAUUCAAAUUAUCCUUUAUAAAUUAAAUAUUGAACAAUUUUUACAAUUUAUGAAAGCGGCUACUGAAUUACAAAAUAACUUAAAUAUUAAAGCUAAUGCCUUGCAACUUCAAAAUUUAUUUUCUGACAUGACAACUUAUAUAGAUCAAAAUUUGGAAAUUCUACUUCAAAAUGACGCUGUUGGUGUAUUACAAAUAGUUUUUAAUUAUGAUAUAUGUGAAUCAUUCUGUGAAUACUGUAUUUAUCUUAUAUGUCUCAAUCCCAAUGCAUUAUUUGACAACCCGCGAUUAACUCAAUUGGAUCGUUCCAUUUUAUUUUUUAUAUUGCAAUGUGAUGAUAUGGGAAAAUUAAAUGAAAAAAAGAUUUUUGAUUGUCUAAUUAAAUGGGGGACUGCACAACACGAAGCCACGAUUCUAAAGAGCAUGAUGACUUGGACAAGUCGAGAAUUCGUGAUUUUUGAGAAGUCUAUUAAUGAUUUUAUUCCUUUAAUUCGUUGGUUUGCGAUAUCUAUAGAAGACUUUAAUCAAAUUCGUUACUUUUUAGAAAAUAUCUUACCAAAUGAUUUAUAUGAUAAACUUGUAGAUCAUAAUCUUGAUCGUAAAUCAUCACCAAAUGAAUUGAAUAAGAGAUAUUUACCAUGUACUUUCCUUCUUAAACCAUGGCACUUUAAAAUUUUUGAAAAUUGGAUUGAAGAAGGUGAUAAAAAUAAAUCCUUUUUUCCCAAAUUAUUUAAAUCAAAUACUACAAAUGAGAAAAAAGAACAUUCUGAAUCAAUGACUUUAAAUAUGAAACCAAGUCACUUUUCAAAUAAUAAUCUUUAUGAUUUUGUUCUUCUUUAUCGUGGAACGGAUAAUAAUUUUGAC